GAAGCCCAUGCAGUCUUCGAGAGGGCGGUGGUUGCAGAGAAAGGCUGCAACUCUGGCGCGGAAGUGGUGCAAGCAGACUUGCCAGCUGAGAGGUGGGGAGUCAGCAAAGAGCAGCUACGCGACUUCGAAGAGCGGGUGCGGCAGAGAUUGGUGGAGCGGCUCUUGGUAAACUUCAGCCGAUCCGAGUGCAAGAAACAGGGCAUUCCGUACUACCGUGAUGAGAAGUUCUGUGACCCGGUGAUCGGACCGAAUAUGCAUCAAGUCAAUGCAGGCUUUAUCCGGCCGACGACAGAGCAGAAUGACCCCUUCCAUGGUAUCUCCCGUUUGAGCUACGCUUUGCAUUGCAAUCCCUACGGCCUGAAGUGCGACUUGUUCAUCUCGCAUGCCUGGGCUGAGGGAGUUUUCGAGCUGACCGGAACUGUCUUAGAAAACUGGCCGGAUGAUUGCGAGGCCGCCUAUAUUUGUGCUUUGGCCAACCCGCAGAACCUACCCAACUUUUUGAGAGCCCUCAUCCAGAAUCCGUUGUCAUCGCCCUUCUUUCAGGUGUUGCUUCGCCAACCCAAGCAGAUGCUGAUGGUUGCGAAUGCGAACGUGCCCAUCCACAGCAGAUUAUGGUGUGUAUUCGAAGCACAUUGUGCCAGGCAUCUUGCAGUGCAUACAGCUGUCGUGGGAGAUCCGGCUCAUUUCGCGACGAAUGCUGGGGCAUCCAAGAGCGCGAAGCGCGCGAUCCGUCGCGCAGUGGAGGCACGCAGGAGGGAGGCGGCCAUCAAUGAGGCUGCAGAGCAAGCUGCUUCGGAUAUGGACAUCAUAGCUGCUGGCAUCUACAGUCGACGCUAUGAUCGUUGGUCUAAGAGGGCGCAACAAAGCACCCACAAGGCCACCCAGAGUAUGAAACGAGCUCUGGAUGUUCGUCUCGCGAGCUGUAGCAGUACGGAGGAUGCAGAUGCUAUUUGGCGCUUCAUCUCUGGGCAUGCCGACGAGAUCAACGCCAUGAUCUUCGGCCUGUACACUUAC